AUGGCAGUAUCAAGGCUUUGUGCAAAAUAUCAGAAAUGUUAUGAAACAGGAGGCGACACAUCUGGAGUAGAAGAUAUGCUUGCUGUUGUUUUCAAUAAGUGUAUUGAGGAAGAUUCUUUCUACGAUCUUCCAAUGCAAGGAAUUUGCAACAUUGUUUCAAAGAAAAACGAGCAUCUUUCUCUCAAAGAAGCAGAUCAACUUGUUUCCAAACUUGCAGAGAAGAAAGGACAGGAAGCUGCCAAAAUUUUAUCAGUUUUAGAUAUUGGCCCGGUUGGAUACUUCGAUGCAGCAAGUACAGUUUCACCACUUCGCAUUUGUCCAGUCAUAAGAGAACUUCUUGAUGCUCGUCCUGUUACAGCAAGGACAGGAGGCGAUAUUAGACAACUUGAGAAGAGAAUACAAGAAUUAGAAAAGAAGAAUGCCGAACUCAAGAAAGAGAACGAAGAGAACAAGAAGAAAUUACGUGCGAAAUCCGAAUCUUCCCAAUCAAAAGAUUUGGAAGAAAAAUUAUUUUUACUUCUUCCAGAUGAGAAGGAUAUUGUAGAAGCUUCCGAGUCAGGAAAUCUCAAAGCAGUCCAAUACUACGCAAAAAUCAAACCGAAAUCCAUCAAUCUUGAGAAUGAAGAAGGAUAUUCCGCAUUACAGAUCGCUUGCCUCAACAGCCACGACGAUGUUGCAGAGUUCCUCAUUAAGAACGGCGCUGACGUCAACCAUUCCCAUAAAAAAGGAGAUACAGCCCUUCAUUUUGCUGCUCUCGGCGGAUCCCUUUCAACUGUUGAGCUUCUUCUCGCAUCAGGUGCCAGACUCGAUGCCGUUGACUCUUCCCAGAUGAAUGCUCUCAAUUAUGCAGCUCAAGGAGGAAAUCUCGACGUUGUCAAGUUUUUGGUUGAAAAAGGACUUGAUCCUCUACGUGAAGCAGAUGGGACAACCAACAUUUGGUUCGCUGCUUACUCUGGAGAUGUCGAAACAUUUGCUUAUUUCAUUGAUAUGGAUAUUGAUAAGGAGAAACCAAACAAAAUGGGAGAAACACCAUUACACGCUGCGGCUAUGAGUGGAAAUGUUGACAUUGCUGAUGUUUUGAUUGAUUUCGGACUAGAUCCACACGCAAAAUCGCUUUCUGGCUCAACACCACUCGAUGUUGCCACAGAAGAAGAGAUGAUUGACUUUUUACAAGGCAUAGAGUUCGGUGGUGAUGAGGAUACCGAGGAAGAAGAAUAA